AAACGCGAGGAUAAUUGGACAAAACGACAAAAAUAAACCUUCUUAUCAUGCCGCGCGUGAAUCUCGCUGAUUUCUGCCUCUCCUUUCAAUAGCUCCGGCCGCCUCUCUCUCUCUCUCUCUGUUCCAUUGGCCACCAUCUUUCUCAAUUGAAGUUAGAGAGACUUCGAUCAUCUUUGCGGGAAUUCCAGAUUCAUGCUCGAAAUCUCAUUAUAAUCAGGCUAGAUCUCUGCAAUUCUCGUUCAAAUCUCUAUCCAUUUUUUAAGACUGCAUUGCUGAAUUGCGAUUCUCCGUGAGGUUCUAGUUGGUUCCCUCGAGUGAUUCGAUUUCCAGCUCUUCUUCAAUGGUGUUUUUUAAUCUUUCCAGUUUCGUGUAUCCGAAGGCUCUGAAUCAGAUUUUGUUCAUCAUUUCUAAUCACACAUAAACUCAAUUACAAAAAAAAAUAAAAAAUCGUCUCGUUGAGUUGAAUUCCCCAUCGACUUCGUUACUUUCAACAUACAUUUAUCGAAAUUCACAAUUCCCCACCCCCCCCCCCCCCCGGGGGGAGUCUUUGCCUAAAUUCAAUCAUUUUUCGAUUAAAUUAAAAUUGAAGUUCGGGAAUGGCACAACCGUCUAAACCAGUUCUACAAAAACCGCCGGGCUACAGAGAUCCAACCCUCUCCGGGCACGCCGCCCCCAGGCCGCGGCCGCUGCCGCCGCGAAAACCGGUUCUCCCUCCUUCCUUCCGCCCUAAGCCGAAACGCAGAAGCUGCCGCCGCAUAUGUUGCUGUUCCCUCUGCAUCCUCAUUCUCGUCGUCCUCCUCUUCCUCGCCGCCGCGGGUGGCCUGUUCUAUCUCUUCUUCGAGCCGAAGCUUCCGGUUUUCCACCUCCGGUCAUUCAAAAUCCGCCGGUUCAAAGUCACCGUCGAGCCGGACGGCACCUACCUCGACGCCCAAACCGUCGUCAGGAUCGAAGCCAAGAACCCUAACCGGAAGCUAACGCUGUACUACGGGCGGAGUGAGCUGCAAUUGAGCGAGGAGAGGGAUGGGACCGAGUUGGGAUCGGCGAGUCAGUCUGGGUUCACUCAGGAGAAAGGGAACGUCACGGUCCUGAAGCUGACGGCGGGAGUGAAGACUGUAGUGGAAGACGGUUUGGGAAGGAAGCUGAAGGCUGGGUACCGAAGCAAGGCGCUGGUGGUUGCGGCGGAGAUUCGGACGAGGGUGGGGUUAGGUGUGGGGAGGUGGAGGAUAGGGACGCUGGGGUUGAGUGUGGUGUGUGGUGGCGGUGGGGACAUGAGCUUGAAAAAGCUUAAGGGAGGUGUGAUGCCCAAAUGCACCAUUCGUAUCCUCAAAUGGAUUCACAUUCAUUAGAAACCCUUUUGGCAUGUGAAGGCCGCCAGCUUCCGCUCUCUGUUGUAUUUUCUUUUUUCUUAAAAAAUUGUGUGCUACAACACUCACUGAGUCACUGAUAUCAUCUUCUUCUUUUUGUUCUUUUAUAGUAUUAUUAUUAUUAUUAUUAUAUAUGCAAUAUUCUUUUCUUUCUUAAUAAGAGAGAGAGAGAAAAAGAGGGAAGGAAAAGGAAUUACACGGCGAUGUGAUCUUUUUGUAUAUAUUUGGGCGUUGGUGCAUGGGAGCGGGCCCCAGUUGGGUGCACAAUAUGCCAUUGGUCGGCUGGCAUAUUUGCAUAGCUGGCAUUUGUCACUCAUUUGUUUAUUGCUGCUAAUCAAUUGGCAGCCACGUACUAUUUGUAACCGUUUGACUGAUGUGAAUGUAUAUAAGCCAGGGAACAUGGUAAUAAAUGUGGGUGAUACUACAAUGCAUUUUUUUUUCCCUUGA